AUGCCAGACUCACAUACCUCCUCCUCCUCCUCCUCCACCCCUCCCCAGACCUCGUCCAAGACACGCCUCUCCCAGAUCUCCUCCCACAUCGAACCCAUGGCUGCCACCGCUUUCGACGCGAAUGUCGUCCCCCAGGCGCCCGAAGACCCGCUCUUCGGCCUCAUGGCUGCCUUCCGUCGCGACGAGGACCCCAACAAGGUCGACCUGGGCAUUGGCGCUUACCGCGACGACAAUGCAAAGCCCUGGAUUCUGCCCGUCGUCAAGAAGGCCGACGACAGACUGCGCGACGACCCCGACCUCAACCACGAGUACCUCCCCAUCGCCGGUCUUGCCGAGUUCACAACCGCCUCCCAGAAGCUCGUGCUCGGUGGUGACAGCCCCGCCAUCAAGGAGAAGCGGGUCACCAGCUUGCAGACCAUCUCUGGCACCGGCGCCGUCCACUUGGGCGCCCUCUUCCUCGCCAAGUUCUACAAGACCCAGAGCCAGCGGACCGCCUACUUCUCCGACCCGACAUGGGCCAACCACUUCCAGAUCUUCUCCAACGUCGGCCUCGAAUACAAGACAUACCCCUACUUCUCCAAGAAGACCAAGGGCCUCGACUUCGAUGGCAUGAUCAGUGCCCUGCAAGAUGCGGCAGAGGGCAGCAUCAUCGUACUGCACGCGUGUGCUCACAACCCCACCGGCGUCGACGCUACACAGGAGCAGUGGAAGAAGAUUGCCGAGGUGAUCAAGUCAAAGAAGCACUUCCCUUUCUUCGACACCGCAUACCAGGGCUUUGCUUCCGGUGACCUUGCAACUGACGGCUGGGCGAUCCGCUACUUUGUCGAGCAGGGCUUCGAGCUCUGCAUUGCCCAGUCCUACGCAAAGAACUUUGGUCUGUACGGCGAGCGAGCAGGCUGCUUCCACUUCGUCACCUCGCCCUCAUCCGAUGCCGAGUCCACCAUCAAGCGCAUCGCCUCACAGCUCGCCAUCCUCCAGCGCUCCGAGAUCUCAAAUCCUCCUGCCUACGGUGCCCGCAUCGCCUCGACCGUCCUCAACGACCCCCAGCUCUUCGCUGAAUGGGAAGACAACCUCCGCACAAUGUCUGGUCGUAUAAAGGAGAUGCGCAAGGCGCUUCGUAGCAAGCUCGAGGACAUGGGCACACCCGGCACAUGGAACCACAUCACAGAGCAGAUCGGCAUGUUCAGCUUCACCGGCUUGACAGAGCAGCAGGUUCUGAAAAUCCGGGAAGACUCCCAUGUGUACAUGACCAAGAACGGUCGUAUCUCCAUGGCUGGCCUGAACACACACAACGUCGACUACUUUGCGAAGGCUGUCGACAAGGUUGUGAGGGAGACCCAGUAG